AUGUGGGACACUGUCUGCGUUGCAUUUUUUUGCACACUGUGCCUAUAUCUGUUGAAGAAAAUCGUGCAAAGUGAACCAAAUAAGAUACAAUUUCAUUUUAAGUUCUCCAUAUUCUAUUUAACAGGCAGCUUUUUGGCGGCUUUCGUUUGGCCGUACUUCCUUCUGGAUCCGAAAAAUGUAAAGAAUGCGAAAAUUGGAGCUGAGCUUUUAAAGCACGUAACCAAGGUUUACGGUUUACGAUGGGAACUUCGUAGAGGAGAUAUUUUAGCAGAGGAGCGUGGAGCAAUUAUUGUUUCAAAUCAUCAAUCAUCUCUGGACAUAUUAGGUCUUUUUAAUAUAUGGCAUGUUGCGGACAAACUAACAGCCAUUGCAAAAAAGGAAUUAUUUUACGUAUGGCCGUUCGGUUUAGGGGCUUACCUCGCAGGAGUCGUGUUCAUAAAUAGAAGAGACAAAAAGGGCGCAUAUAAGCAGCUCGAAACGACAGCCGAAGUCUUGAAAAAUAAAACGAAAAUAUGGCUAUUUCCGGAAGGAACCCGAAACAAAGAUUACACAAAGUUGCUGCCUUUUAAGAGGGGGGCGUUUUCUAUGGCUAUAUCUGCACAAAAACCGGUGAUACCUGUAGUUUUUUCGCCAUAUUACUUCAUUAAUAGGAAGAAAUACAUAUUUAAUAAAGGUCACGUUGUUAUUCAAUGCCUUGAACCCAUAUCAACUGAAGGAAUGACGAUGGACGACGUGUCAAGUCUGAUGGAAAGGGUCCACAAUUUAAUGCAAAAGACGUACAAAAAUCUUAGUAAUGAAGUUUUCAGUUCCUUACCUCCCGACUAUCCACUUACAUUGGAGGGCUAA